AAGAGGAAGGUCAGGGAACUUUGGGAAACGGGAAACUCCAAAACUCCGGACUCUGGGAGAAGGGUCAAUGGGAAAAGGCGGGGCUUUGGGGACCAAGAGAGAGGAGAAAAGGGAGAUGAGGGGGUGAGAGGGGACAGCUGCCAGGGAGCUGUUGGAGGGACCACACAGAAAAAGGCCUCGCUAAAGCAACAAACCUGAUAUUUCUCAAGGACCAUAGGACUGAGGUGAAGUCAUGAAGUGCCUGCUGAUCUCCCUGGCCCUGUGGCUGGGCAUCAUGGGCGCACAUGGGACAGAGCCUGAACUCAGUGAGGUACAGCGCAGGGGCUUGCAGGUGGCUCUGGAGGAGUUCCACAGACACCCACCUGUGCAGUGGGCCUUCCAAGAGAUCGGUGUGGACAGCGCUGACGAAAUGGUCUUCUCAGCUGGCACCUUUGUGAGGUUGGAAUUUAAACUCCAGCAGACCAUCUGCCACAAGAAGGACUGGAAAAAGCCGGAGUGCACACUCAAACCAAACGGGAGAAAGCGGAAAUGCCUGGCCUGCGUCAAACUGGACCCCAAGGGUAAAGUUCUAGGCCGGAUGGUCCACUGCCCAAUACUGAAGCAAGGGCCUCAGCAGGAGCCUCAGGAGUCGCAGUGCACUAAGAUAGCACAGUCUGGAGAGGACCCCCGCAGCUACUUCUUCCCUGGACAGUUUGCCUUCUCCAGGGCCCUGAGACCCAAAUAAGCCCUGGACAGGACUUCAUCUUACUCCCCGUACAGCUGUGGCAGUACCCAGCAGAAGCAUGUCGCCUCCCAAAGACUUUCCAACUCCAGGCUAAUAAAACUGCUGAGUCUGUUCCUUUCC